UGUAUCAAUAUAGCGACUUGUUUAGUGCCCACCGCAGCCGACGUCCGUUUCAGUCGUGCGGGGAGUACCGUGAUACUAACCGCGAUCGUGUGUGUGUGCGUGAGCGUGUAUUCGAUGUGCUCAUUCUGAACCGCCUACAUUUACCUAUGGUGUCCUGUGCCUGUCAUUUUGAUUGUCCUGGAAAAAAAUAUUAUCUAUGAGGUCACAUUAAAACAGGUGUGAACAUUUUUAACUGAAAAUGGAGGACGUCGAAUUAAACAAUGUGUGUUUAACUGGAUCAAACGAUCAACUUCUCAAAGCGGUUCAAUCAAAAGAUUUAGAGUUAUUCAAAAAACUCCUAGAAAUAGGGUUGGGAAAUUCAUCUAUAAAUUUGGAUAAUAUAUUUGAUGAACCUUAUCAUGGCACAAUAUUAGAUAUAUGUUGUAUAUCAACGGGUAGAUCAGAAUUUGCUAAAAUACUAUUAUCGGUAGGAGUAGACGUAAACGUUAUCAACAAAAAUCGGAAAAAAGCUCCGAUACAUUUAGCGGCUGCGAACGGAUGUAAAGAUGCAUUAUAUGUAUUAUUAGAACAUCCCCCAACCAAUAUAAAUUUAUUAGAUAGUGAUGGAAAUUCAGCCUUACACCUUGCAGCGAAAGCUGGAAAUGUAGAAUGCACAGAAUUACUAUUAAACUCAAAUAACAUAAAAGCAAAUCAAUUGAAUAGGAAAGGCUUUACCCCAGCAUACAUGGCAGCUGUUUCAAAAAACAAAAAUGAUGAAUUAAUGAUGGCAUUUAUUACAUGUCCAAAAGUUGACUUGGAUAUAUUUAUUUGGGAUAAAUCAUUGAGAAGUGUAAUAAAUGAAAAAUAUCCACAUCUCAAGGAAGAAAUUCCACCAGAAGGUACACGCAAUAUUACGGAUCAAUGCGAUAACCCCUUCGUAUACCUCUACUCAAAUGAUAUAGAAGGAUUUAUUUCACAUAUAACUUCCACAAAACUUCUUGACCUUAACAACCACGAUGGAAGGCACACUUAUCUCCAAUAUGCAUGUGAUUUUGGUUUACCUAAAGUUGUUCAAGUUUUACUCAAUCUUGACGUAGAUCCAAAUGGUAUAUGUCCAUCUAAUACUAAAUAUGCAAUUUUUAUUGCUUCGUUUAGAGGUUUUGCAGAUAUCAUACAAAUGUUUUUGGAUAGUAAAAAAUGUAUAUGCUAUCAAACAAAUAACGGCUCAGCACUCCUUGAAGUAAUUAAAGGUUCUGAUGAAAACCACAACUCAUUAGAUGUAAAUACUGAUUUAUGUGAUCAUGAUAGGUCAUUUAAAAUAUUACUAAGAAAAAGUGAAACCAGUCCUUUUGAACUUGAUAUCAAUCAAUCUGAUGACAAAGGUAAUACAUGUCUACAUUACGCAGCAAAAAUAGGAGAUCGAGAUUCCAUAUUGUCGUUAUUAGAAAAAGGUGCUUAUAUAGGAAAAAGAAACGUACUUGGAGAUCCACCACUUGCUGAUAUCAAUCCUAAAAUAUUAGAAUCUCAUUUGAACAAAUGUGUAAAAACAAAUGGAAAAUCUCCAAAAGAUAUAAACUACGAGAUUAUAUGUUCAUACAACUUUUUAUGCCCGCCAAAAGUUUACAAACAGAAAGAUAUUGAUAAUUAUCAGACACAAUUGGAAGGCCAAGAGUACAUUCCAGAAAAUAUCCCAGAAACCGAUCCAUUGUUGUAUAUAAGUGAAGUUCCAGAACUUAGACCUCUUCUAAAACAUCCUGUAUUAACUAGCUUCCUCCAUUUAAAAUGGUUCGCCAUAAAAAGAUAUUAUAAAGUAAAUUUAGCGUUUUAUAUAGGAUUCUGGGCACUUUUAACCAUUUACACUCUGUUGACUUUUAAAAUAGAGAUUCAAAAUAGCAACUUGUCACUCACACAAGAUAAUGUUACAGAGUUUUCCACGAACAAUGUACCAUAUAGUAGUGACACAGCUGUUUAUUUGUGGGUUAUGGUUUUGGGAUUCCUUAUUGCUUUAAUAUUUCGUGAAUUAUUCCAGUUGAUCUCAUCUCCGAUUACAUAUAUAAUGAGCUUGGAAAAUUGGUUGGAAAUAAGUCUUAUCAUUUUGACUUCGUUUUUAUUGUUGUGUGAAAUGUCUUGUAUAUCGAAUAGAAACCAAAUAUCUGCUAUUGUUAUUUUACUUUCUUGGGGUGAACUUAUACUUCUCGUCGGUAGACAUCCAGCUCUUGCUACCCACUUAGAAAUGUUUAAGCGUGUUACUAAAAACUUUUUACAAUUUCUCAUAUGGUACUCGAUAUUAAUAAUAGCAUUUGCACUGAGUUUUUACAUGUUAUUUAGAAAUGAUGCAGACACCGAUAAUAAAUUUAACGAUCCCAGUUCUGCGACUUUCAAAACUAUUGUUAUGUUGACAGGAGAAUUUGAUACAUUUGGUUCACUGCCUUUUAGUUUACAUCCAAUAGUCAGUCAUGCAUUAUUUCUUUUAUUUAUAUUUCUUAUAGCCAUUGUAUUAGUAAAUCUUUUGAAUGGUCUUGCUGUGAGUGAUACCCAAGCAAUUAGAGCUGAUGCGGAAAUCGUCGCUCACGUUUCCCGGGUUAAACUCAUUCAUUAUUUUGAAAAAAUGGCUGUAGGAGACCCAUUUUCGUGGUUUCAUAAAGCUCAAAACCAAAUAAGUAAUUUUGGAUACAAUAUCCCUUCGUUAUGUACAAGACGGUUUUAUCUAAAAAUAAGAUUAUUCCCAGAUGCUCUACAAGAUUCAGAAAUAAAAAUUUUAACUAAUCAGAGAAAUUUUGUCGACUUUGGGUCAUCUGCGAAAAAAAGUCAAAUAGGGUGUAUUGCAAACUGUCAAGGUUAUUAUCUUGAAAAAGAAAUUGUAAAUGAGGCUAAAUCAGUAAUUAAAUUUAAUUCAGAAGGAACGGAAAAAAAUUGUACAGAAAUUCUUGAUAUUUUUAUUGAGAAAUUUAAUACGGUAGAAAAACAAAUGGAAGAAAUAAAAAAAAUGUUAAACGCACUAAAUACAAAAAGUGAAGUAGACUCGAUAUCUUCGUCAAAUAAUUUUUCUGUGAUAACUGGAUCAAAUAAAAGCUAAAAAAAUUAUUUCUUAUUUUUUUAAUGAUUCACGUAUUACAUAAUUUGCGGUCGGCCAAAAUUACAGUUAACAUUUUAACUUUUAAUUUAUACAAUUUCCGUUACACAUUAAACAUUAAAUUAUUACAUUUAUAUUCAUAACUUAUGCAAUUAUCACAUGUUAAACAAUUUUAAAAAAAAUUUAUUUGAUUCAUUCAUUUUAAUAUUAAAUUAUUGUAAAACACUGUUUUUUUUUUAAUUAGCUUGUUUAUAAUUUUGGUGACAAUACAAUACGUUUUCAUUAUUUUUAUAUUUUCUACCUGUUUAAAUCAUAUUUAUCUAUCUUAAAUUAAUAAUUUAACUAUCAUAAAAACUUUAA